AUGCAAGAAGCCACGUAUCACUCAACUCCCCCAACUCCUGCGCUCUACAUCAUUCUCAUCGGCAUCGUGUUCGUUGCGGCCGUCAACGGGCACGAUCUCGUCGCGCAUUUGGUGGGGGUUGAUUUUUGUGUGGAUCUGGUGCGGUUUGAUCCGCAGUUGGGUCUUGUGGAGUUCGCGGUGCCUUCGGUUGUGAUUGUUGGGUCCUUGGUGGAGUUUGUGGGGGUUUCGUUGCUUUUGAUUCAGAUGGAGAAGGGAUAUAGCUAUAGGCUAGAGAAACAUGCCCUGAAUUUGCUGAUCGUUGGGCCGGUGCUCUGGGUAAUAGGCUCUAUCCACAACCUGUGUCAAUUCUAUGAGAGAUCGAACAGCCAUGUUCAGAUUCUUCAGAAGAGUGUUCAGAUUCCUUUCCUAAUGGGCAGUCUUCUGUUCUUGGUGGGAGGAUUCUUUAAUCGUCACAACGUCUUCAGCCACAUGAUACUGGCAAAGAGUUGGAUUUGGUUAUGCAUAUUUGGGAGCUUGUUAUUUUUCAUGGGGGGGUUACUGAACAUACUAAAGGUAUUCAAGAUGCAUCAAAUGGAUGGAAUAAGACUAGAAAAGCUCCGAGGUGGUGCACUCGAAAGACUCAUUAGAGAAAGAGAAGGAAAAGUUCCUCUGAUCCUCAAUGAUGACAGCAGAAGGAGGCGGCGAUUUUUGGCGGAGGAUGAUCCCCCACUGCCUCAGACUCCGGUUAUUGCGAGUACUUCAUAUAAGGAGGUGGAGGCUCCUCAGCCUCAGCCGCAGCCUUCUGCUCUUGCGACGCCGUAUAAGGAUGUGCUUAUCAGAGGCAGCAGCCAGCAGGCUUGAAGGGAUCUUUAAGGAAGUUGCCAGGACCGUGCAAUUUCAUUUGUUUGUUCUGCUAAUGGGAUUGCGUUCAUGCGUCGAGAAGUCCUAGAGCUUUUGGAAGGAUAUCGCACAAAUUUUUUUCUUCUCAUUUUUAAAAGCUUCGUUUCUCUUUCAUAUUGAUUUUCAUCUGUGGGAAGCUUCAACAUGUUUUUAUUAUUUUAUUUGAUAGUAGCUUUUUUCUAUUGACUACAGUUAGUGAGAUGUAAUGAGACUGAUAUUGGUGGUGGAAUAUUUAAGCUUAACAUCGAAAAACCCUCCUUAC